GAGUAGAUUUAUUUUGUCAUGAUAAUAGUUCUGUCUUGUCUACUAUGUAAUCUACCUCGUAACUGUGCAAGUUUAUUUUUGGUUAUGAUUUUCAAUGUUUGACAAAUGAAAAAUAGGUAUUCUAUUUAGUAUUUUGAACAAGGUAUUAUGUUUUUAGUUCUUCACUAUCUAUAAUAUUAUGUUUGGUGUAUUGAAGUCCAACAUAGUUUGCAGAUUUCACACUGUUCGUGUCCCAUACUUCCAUGAAUUAUAAUUUCGUCUCAAUAAAUAAAUGUAUGUAUUUAAAUGAUACGGUUUUAUUGAGUUAUUCAGUAAUUUUGUUUAUAUUGAUCGCUGUGCACGCUACAUAACAAUAUGGCCAUUUCCAACUUGUCAAGUUUUUCCUCGUCUAUGGGUGAAUCAAAUUCAGAAGAGGAAUUUCAAUUGUUUAAAACCCAACUCAAGAAGGUUCAAGAUCUUAUCGAAGAAUACAGCAACAAAAUCGUCGACAAUACAUUGUGUUCAGAAGAUUUAGCUAACAUGAAGACAGAAAUGAAAUAUUUGACAGAACUUGAGCAGAAUGUGACUUCAGAAAAAAUGAAAGCUAAUUAUGUAUCGUACAAAUCCGUAUCUUUGAAAAUGGUUCAAGAAUCUUAUCGUAUUUGUAAUUGGCUCAUGGAAAAGCAAUGCAGUGAAAUGGAUAAUAUUUUUGAUAUAGACACAUACAUUGAUAAAAUUAUUGAAGUAUGUGUUAAUAAAAACGAUCCUUUGGCCCACAUAAACACUUUAUUCAAGGGUGCCUUCAAAAACAUCCAUUAUUUUAAUCUAAGUUUCUACGGGAACCUUAAACCAGAAGAGUCUGUAGAAGACCAAGUACUAACACAAUCAAAAAAAGAAUACAGAAGAUCACAAAAAAGACAAUUAGAAGAUCUUGUGGUUCCCGAUGAGGUGGGAAGUGAAACUGGUGACAACGAAUUACAAAUCACUUUAUUAAGAGUAAAAAAUUGUUUGAAAAAAGCUGUGUUAAAUAAUCAAGGGGAUCCAGUAUCAUUCCAUAAGUUUGCUAUUGAUCCAUUUAGCUUGACAUAUACAAUUGAAAAUUUGUUUCAUUUGGCUUCAUUAGUGAAAGAUGGUGUUGUCAAAAUUGAAAGAAUUUCAGUUGGUGAAAAUGAAGAGUUUUCAACAAUAACAUUGGGAAAAAAAAAUAGUACUAGUGCUAAGUCUAAAGUAGAUGACAUCAUAUCUUCUUUAUUCACAAUGAAUCAUGAAUUAUGGCAGUAUUAUAUCAAAAAAUAUCAUAUAACUGAACAAAUGAUCAAACAAGACGAGUAAAAUUAUUAUAAAAAUAUUUUUGAAUGUUUGUUUUAAAUAAAAAAAUUGUUUAAAAAC